UCACUGAGCUCAGAAAGUCAGAUGCUCUCCCAGGAGCAAAGGGCCUGGGGAGGAAGAGCAGGAGGACGUUGACGCUCAGUUCUGAAAGAGGAGGACUCCAGAUUCCACUGACCAGAAGGUAUUUGGGAUUGUGACUUGAGCUAUGAUAGCAGGAAGGAACAGAGGCUGGAUCUGAAGACAGGAAGCUGGACUUGCUUCUAGAAAGAAGAAAACUUGUAACUCAGGAGCACAGCCAUGGGUUGCUUCCAAACUGCAUCCAACUCCUGGAUUUAUCCCACUGUGAUCCUCUGCCUAUUUGGAUUUUUCUCCAUGAUGAGACCCUCAGAACCUUUCCUUAUCCCAUAUUUAACUGGACCGGAUAAAAACCUGACAAGUACCGAGAUCACAAAGGAGAUUUUUCCUGUAUGGACCUAUUCUUACCUGGUGCUGCUUCUUCCUGUGUUCAUCCUCACCGACUAUGUCCGCUACAAGCCGGUCAUCAUCCUACAAGGGAUCAGCUUCAUUAUUACGUGGCUGCUGCUGUUGUUUGGCCAGGGGGUGCCGGCCAUGCAGAUUUUGGAGUUCUUCUACGGGAUGGUCACUGCCACCGAGGUGGCCUACUAUUCCUACAUCUACAGCGUGGUCAGCCCAGAGCACUACCAGCAAGUGAGCGGCUACUGCAGGAGCAUCACACUAGUGGCCUACACGGCGGCCUCGGUGCUGGCCCAAGUCUUGGUCUCCCUGGCCGGCGUGUCACUCUUCCACCUCAAUGUCAUUACCAUGAUCUCUGUGUCUGUGGCCUUCCUUUUCUCUCUUUUCCUCCCAAUGCCCAGUAAAAGCAUGUUUUUCCAUGCAAGAUCCAGCAGAGAAGUACAGCAGCCGCCAAGCAUGAAGGACAUGUUACAUGAGAUUCAUGAGUAUGAACGACCAGGAAGGGAAGAGGAGAAACGCCCUUCCGGAGUCACCAGCAUUUCAGAAAACCUGUCUGAUGACAGCCCGGUGGGUGGCCCAAGGCCAGAGCAUGCAGCUCGGAGAGUUUUUGAGCAGUGGUUCCAAGAUCUCAAGGCGUGCUACCACUCAAAGCAUCUUUUCUACUGGUCCCUAUGGUGGGCUUUUUCCACAGCAGGGUUUAACCAGGUUUUGAACUAUAUUCAAAUCCUGUGGGAUUAUAAGGCACCAUCCCAAAAUUCCGACAUCUACAAUGGAGCUGUAGAAGGGAUUGCAACAUUUGGAGGAGCACUGGCUGCCUUUGCAGUGGGUCUUGUGAAAGCCGACUGGGACCUUCUGGGAGAGUUGGUUCUGGGCAUAUUCUCAGUUGUCAAUGCGGGUUCUCUAUUUCUCAUGCAUUAUACCACCAAUGUGUGGGUUUGCUAUGGUGGCUAUUUCAUCUUCAAGUCCAGCUACAUGCUUCUCAUAACCAUAGCAGCAUUUCAGAUAGCUGUUAAUCUGACUGUGGAACGCUAUGCCCUGGUGUUUGGAAUCAAUACUUUCAUUGCUCUUGUGGUUCAGACCAUUAUAACUGUGAUUGUUGUGGAUCAGAGAGGACUCAGCCUCCCAAUCAGCACUCAGUUUUUAGUUUAUGGCAGUUACUUUGCAGUCAUUGCCGUAAUUUUUCUAAUAAGAAGCAUAUACGUUAUCUGCUCCACAAAAUGCCAGAAGAAAAUACAGGACUGUGCUAUAGGUCAGAAUCCUUAUGGACCACAACCGGAAGAACCAAGGACUGCCAUCAUGGGAACAAAGCUCUAAUCUCAGGAAAGCCAUACUUUCUCAGCGUGAACUGUACUGAUCACAGUCACUGGUGCUGUAAGUUGACAUUCUUCACAAGUCUGCAUUCCAGUGAACCUUUUCAAAACCAUCCCAGGACUCUACCCUUGGACUGAAUAUAUGUGUAUCCAGGUGAAUGGAUGCAGUCAGCAUUGAUCCUCAGCUGCACUUGAUAUCCCAGUGUGGGACCCAGUGAAUACUUGGGAGUGGUAAAUCCUAGAUUUGACCUCAUGUAAGGACAGGGCAAUGACAUGGAGACAAACCAUGAAAGAAGACCUCCAUUUUGGAGUUGU